AGCAUCUACCUAGCUAGUACUGCAGAUUUCCUUACACGGAGGCGGGGCAAACGGGAAGGGGAGGAUGAGUGCGCGAGCACCGCCGCCGCCGACCAUGCCGGAGUCCGACUGGGCGGUCAGGCGGAUCCGCAAGGAGCUGAAGCUGCUCUGGCUCGACCCCCCGGCGUUCUGCCGGCCCGGCCCGGCGCCCGUGACGGACCCGUUCCACUGGGAGGUGGUCAUCGACGGGCCCGACGGCAGCCCCUACUCCGGCGGCACGUUCCCCGUUGACGUCGCCAUCCCCAAGAAGUACCCCAUGAAGCCCAUCAAGCUCACCUUCAAAACCAAGGUGUACCAUCCGAACAUCGGGCCGGAGGGGAGGAUGGCCCUGGACAUCUUCGGCGAGUGGUGGAGCCCGGCGAUCACGAUAAGCACGGCCCUCCUGUCCGUCGUCUCCGUCCUCUACGACCCCGUGCUGGAUCUCCCCGUCCGCCGCGACGCCGCCCUGCAGUACAGGCACGAGCGGGGUCUCUUCGAGCAGAAAGCCAGGCGCUGGACCCGCAGAUACGCCUCGGCGCCGGUCGCCUCCUUCUGCCCGGCAGCGCCAGGGAAGGAGCUGCUGGAGGAGGCGGCGACAAGUGGGGCAGUGGCACGUCGUCGUUCUUGCGGGGCAGGCAAAUGGCGUUUCUUCGCGGCUCGUCUCCUUGCCAUCUAGAGCAUGCGUUCGGCCGUUCACCGCGAUGAAGUUCUUUCACCACAAGAACUACUAGUACUAAUUUGGUCUAAUAUGUAAUUUCGAUAGAUUGGGUUGUCUUAAUUAGUCAUGUUCGGAUGCUUAUUGGCGUUGGUGCGAGCCUCGUUGCACCGCACUGAGGCGAGGUGUAGUGGUCGAUGAAUGCUCCUACGCAACUUCUGGAAACAGAAAGCAUGGUAUCUGUGCCUUUGUUCCGUGUUCUUAUUGUACUAAGUUGUGUGCUGCCCUUUG